CACAAAAAAAUUAACAUAUUUUUUGUUAAAAUUAAAGAAAAAAAAACACAAAACUUCAAAAAAUUCCAAAAUAAAAGCGAAAGUUUUUUUUUGCUUAAAAAGUGCUUUAAAACUAUAAUAAUUUUAAACCCACAACAGAGCAUUUCAUUUUAAACUAAAAAUCCUAAAUAAACAAAACAACCAUGCCCACCACCUCCCAUCCCCGUUUGGUAUUCUAUUUGCUGUGCUUGGCCUCUUUGCUGGCAGUGGCCCGUUCUGAAGCUGUAUAUGAAGAUCCAUCAGCACCCAGUGAAGAUAUAGCCUAUGAGGCUACCAAACAAUUGGCGCUACUAAAUUAUCGUUUAAAUCUGCUAAGGCUUGAGGAAGAGGCCCGACAAAUAAAGCUACCCAAUAUAACCUUCAAUUCCCUGUUAAGUCGUAUUCCCUGCACCUGCGACAAGGGUGUGUGCAAAUGUUGUGCUGGUUUGUUAUCCGUUAUUGGCAUGAACUCCUGCACCGAGGUGGUAUAUCGACCCGAGGAAUUCUCUUUUGAAUUGAGAAUGCGUGUUAAUAAUAAUGUUUGGUUUAAACGCAAAGUAUCGGGUCAAAAUCCUCCACCAUUUUGUUUUAGACCUCCCCGUUUUGGUUUCGCCCAGGCCUGUAUACAAUUUCAUGAUAUUUGGUUUAUUGGUCGUAAUAUGCAUGUUUGUAUGGGUAUGUCGGGCUCGUUCCAGGGCUAUGAAUUGUUUGAUCGAAAUUUUGAUUGUUUGUUAUUCGGCGAUAAGGGCAUUAAAAUUCUUAAACCCGAACAGGGUUAUCCAGUGCGUCCCAACGAUGUCGAAAUAGAUGAGGGCGAUGAUGAUAUAGAAGACUAUGAUGAAAAUGUCGUGAGAAGGAAGCGUCAUUCGGUGAGAAGACUUUAAGAGUGAAACAUAGCGGAUAACAAUCAGUUUGGAGAAGAUCCGGGAAAAUAAAAUUAUUAAUGUUAUUCAUAAAAUCUUAUUUAUUUAUUAGUAUUUAUUAAUUAUUUAUUCAAUAAUUUUUGUUUUAAUUUAAUUUUUUUUUAUUUAUUUAU